AUGAGGACAGCCUUUAAAACCUCUCUUAACAUGUCCCCUUAUCGCUUGGUAUAUGGAAAAACUUCAGAAUUGGAUGAGUUUAAGCGAGAUGCAUAUGACAAUUCUAAAUUGUCAAAGGAGCGCAUGAAGGUGUUACAUGACAAGCACAUCCAGAGAAAGAAUUUUGAGCCCAAUGAACAAGUCUUACUUUACAAUUCUCGCUUCCAUCUAUUUCCAGGCAAAUUAAGAUCGAGGUGGAGUGGUCCUUAUGUAGUUAAGGCUGUGUUUCCAUAUGGAACUGUUGAGAUUACUAAUCCUCAAAAUGGAAAUACUUUCAAAGUCAAUGGCCAACGACUUAAACAUUUUUUGGCAAAACUUUCACAUGAGGAUACUUCCAUUCCUUUGAAAGAUCCCACUUAUUCUCAUGAUCCUUAG